AGUGCUGUAUCUUCAUUCGGAUCUCCUAAUUUAUGCGAAGUCUUGCAGAAGUAGUUCCUGCAGUGCGGAGAAAGGUACGCCGUUUUGAUUAUGUGCGGGGAUCAGAAAAUAUAAAAAGGGCGUAGUACAUUUCACUGAAUUACCCCUCGUUCUUCAUUCUCACCUUUUCCUCCUCAUCCCUUACCAUUAUGACUUCUAUUCUUCGUUCUGGUGCACAAAACUUCCGUGACCUGUUCCGAUGGAAGGUCAAAACAACACAUUAUGACGAAAAUGGUGAUGAAGUGGUUACUUGGACCAAACCUUCUAUGCCCCCGAACCCGAUCCGUCUAUUAUGCAUGUUGAACGCAAUCGGUUGGGGUGCUUAUUUGAUUGAUUUCACGGCUUGGACAGCAGAUGCUUUUGAUUUCCAUGCUCUUUCCAUUCAAACCACUAAACUUUCCAAACAUUUCGACGUUUCCAAAACCAAAGUUACAGAGGCCAUCACGUUGACCCUGCUCUUGCGUUCGGUAGGAGCUGCAUUCUUUGGUGUUGCAAGCGAUUACUUUGGUAGAAAGUAUCCUCUCGUUUUGAACAUGUGGCUAUUGGGUGCUUUGCAAGUUGGUUCGAUUUAUUGCAGAACAUUUAAUGAGUUUUUGGCGGUGAGGGCACUCUUCGGUCUGUGCAUGGGAGGAGUUUAUGGUGGUGCAGCAGGUAUGGCACUCGAAAAUAUUCCAGCAGAAGCUCGUGGUUUGUUUUCAGGUAUCUUCCAACAAGGUUAUUCUUGGGGUGCAACAAACACAUGGACAACGAUGUUCUGGGUCGGUGCAGGAUUAUCGUUCUUGAGUGGUUUCUUACGUUUAGCAUUCCCUGAAUCAAAACAAUUCAUCGAAGCAAGAAAGCAAGCCGGCCGUGGAAAUGGUUUGCAAAAUUUCCGAAACAACUUUGGAAAGAUGUUGAAAAAGGAAUGGAAGGUUUGCGUUUAUUCGAUUAUUUUGAUGUCAUGGUUCAAUUGGUUCAGCCAUAGUUCCCAAGAUUCUUAUACAACGUUCAUGUUGGUAGGUAAAGGACUGAAACCUGACGCUGCUUCUCGCGCUUCUAUUUUAAUGAAAACUGGAGCUUGUGUCGGAGGAACUAUAUGGGGUUAUUUGAGUCAAGCAAUCGGUCGUCGUCGAGCAAUGAUUCUUGCUUCUUUGGUCUGUUGUUGUUUGAUCCCUGCUUGGGUCUUACCUACUUCCGAAUCUGGAUUAGAAGGAGGCGGUUUUAUGUUACAAUUCAUGGUUCAAGGAGCUUGGGGUGUCGUUCCAGUUUAUUUGUCAGAAGUUUCCCCUCCUGCUUUCCGCGCAAUGUUUGUUGGUUUAACCUAUCAAUUGGGUAACGCAAUUUCUGCUCCUUCAACACAAUUGAUCAACGCUCUUUCCGAGAACAACUUUGUCAAUUCUGCAAAGACUGGUUUGCCCGUUGAAGCUUAUGGUCCUGUCAUGGCAAUCGCAACUGCAAUCAUUGCUAUCGGUCUAGCAAUCACUGCUUCAGUUGGACCUGAAAAGAAAGGUAUCAACUUUGAGAAUGCUGCUCCUGCAACUGCGGUUGAAGAAACAAAUGGAUAUGAAGAUGACAAGGAAAAGACUAAUCAAGGAGACGUUCUUAACGUUCAACUUCGCGAUGCAUAA